AAGAGGGGGCAGAGGAGCGAGGAGGGAAAAAAACGCGCUGAAAGAAGCCUGGCAUAGUUUUGUGGGGAUUGUGGAAAAAGAUGUAACGAAGCUUGCAAGCGCUCUCACAGGGAUGGAAAACUGGAUUACUCUCCCUGCUGAAACACACUGUGGAUGUCUGAAUAAACCAGGAGGAGAUACACGGGAAUGAAUGGAUUCUAAAGCCUUUUCACAAAAUGGGAACUAACUGCUCAUUUUCGCUGUAGUGCAAAGCUCUCUGUGGGUGUGUGUGGGAUGUUGUGUCAGGGCUAAAGCCCAUCCCUCUCCCAUGAGCCUGUGUGCCCACACACACACCUGGCGCCUCCACGCACACACCCGGCGCCCACGCACACACAGCCGGCACUGACGCUGUGAACUGGACCCUCAGAGCCCAGCGGAUCCUAGUGGAGCCAAGCGGAGCGGUGUCUAGCCCAGUUGGAGCCUGAGGAUGUCAACAGAGACAGAGCUACAGCCAGCGGUCAGGCCCAGCAGCGUCAGACGGGACUCCAAGAGGAAAGGGCAGGAUCGCAGUGAGGCAGCUCUCAUCAGGCGUUUUAAGGGCGAUGGCGUCCGCUACAAGGCCAAGCUCAUCGGCCUGGACGAGGUCACUGCCGCCCGUGGAGACAAACUCUGCCAGGACUCAAUGAUGAAGCUCAAGGGUAUCGCUGCAGCAGCACGGUCCAAAGGAGAACACAAACAGAAGGUGUUUCUGACAGUUUCCUUUGGAGGGAUCAAGAUCUUUGAUGAGAAGUCAGGGGUCCUCCAACACCACCAUGCGGUCCAUGAGAUCUCCUACAUUGCCAAGGACAUCACAGACCACCGAGCCUUCGGCUACGUCUGCGGGAAGGAAGGGAACCACCGCUUUGUGGCUAUCAAAACGGCACAGUCGGCUGAGCCUGUGAUUCUGGACCUGCGGGACUUGUUCCAGCUCAUCUAUGAGAUAAAGCAGAGAGAGGAGAUGGAAAAGAAGGCCCAGAAAGACAAGCAGUGUGAGCAGGCCGUCUACCAGACAAUACUGGAGGAGGAUCUGGAGGACCCGGUCUACCAGUACAUUGUGUUUGAGGCGGGACACGAGCCCAUCCGUGACCAAUCAGAAGAGAGCAUUUAUCAGGUCCCCACCAGUCAGCAGAAGGAAGGGGUCUAUGACGUCCCAAAGCGACACCCAAACGGACAUCAAAACACCCCCCAUCAUCAUCAUCAUCAUCAUUAUCACGAUCAGCCCCUGCAACAAGAACAAACUGAACAGCAGCAGCAGCAGGCAGUGGCAGAUCUGAUAGACUUAGACCUGGGAAUGGUGACUCAGAAUAUCAACCAAUUAGAGAUUUUUGGAGACAUGUCCACUCCUCCUGACAUCACCUCUCCAUCGACCCCCGCCUCUCCAGCCAACACCCUCGACCCCUCGCAGGGCCUGCAGCCUCCCACGGAACUGUUUGCUCCUUUCAAUCCUGCAUCUGUGCCCUCAGGUUAUGUGACAAUGGGAGCAGUACCCCCCGGCCACUGGUCCCAGCAGGCGUUUGCUGCCCAGACACCGCUGGCCUUUGGGGUCCAGUCUCCAUUAGGCCCCGUAGCCCAGGUGCUGCCAGGCGGCCAGCCUCUCAUCUGGGGCCAGGCCAACAUCUUCCCUGCCACCCAGCAGCAGUGGGCAGCCAUGGCAGCCGGAGCCUUCCCCCCCACAGCCUACCUCCCUGCCCAGCCUGUGGGCACCCUGCCCGCCGCCAUGUUCCAGACUCUCACCCCCGUCACGACUGUGACUCCAGCCGGUGAGAGCCAUUCAGGUGCUGGAGCCAGCGCUUCAGCUCCCUCCCCUUCAGCAUCGUCGAGUCCGCAGCAUGGGGAGAGGGGGAAGAAGAUGGGAAAGGAGAUGUUCAAGGAUUUUCACCUGGCAAAGCCUCCGGCCAUGCCGUCAAAGAAAGCUGAUCAGCCCAGCUUAGCAGGAACCUCAGAGGCAUUCAGCACUUACUUCAGCCGUGUGGGCACUGCCCAGGACACGGACGACUGUGACGACUUUGACAUUUCUCAAAUGAACCUGACACCAGUCACCUCCACAACACCAUCCACCAACUCACCACCCACCCCAGCUCCCAGGCAGAGCUCUCCCUCCAAGUCCUCAGCCUCCCAUGUCAGUGACCCCCCCACUGACGCCACAGACCCCCCCACAGACGACUCAUUUGGGGAAGCAGAGGGCAGCCCUAGUCGCAGUGGAGAGGAAGAUGCUGUGGGAAAGGACCCUCUCUACGCCCAGAUCAACAAAGGGAAGAAAUAAAGAGACAUACAGGAAGACAGACCUGACUAGCACUGAGAGAACAGGAGGAGACCCCUCACCUGUGUGUGUGUGUGUGUGUGUGUGUGUGUGUGUGUGUGUGUGUGUGUGUGUGUGUGUGUGUGUGUGUGUGUGUGUGUGUGUAUUUGCGUAAGUCUGGCACAUAUCCCUGCCCGGCCAAGCCCUUCUUCUUCUCCUCCUCUGGCUAACAACCUCCCAGGAGGAGCCUCCACACUCCCUCUGUCCUCCUCCUCCUCCUCCUCCUGUGCUCCUCCUCCUUCUCUCUGCAGUCCUCUCUCCUCCUGAGAGGAGAGAGCCUUCUCGGUCUUUCACUCCGGGCAGGAGGGAUAUCAAUCACUGAGACGGAUCCAGUUCUCCCUCCACUGCGCUGUCUUCUCCUCUCCUCUCUCCUCCCUGUGGCGACUCACACCCAGCCUUACAGACAUAAUCUGCUCCUCCCUUCUCUCCCGCCUUCCCUCUCCCCACCCCUCCUCUCUGUCUUUGCUCUCACACUCCUCCCUCUGCCUCCUGUGUCUGGCCAGAGACUGUGCUGCCAAGGAGGGACUGAAUCAAGCAGUGCCUCUCUAUCUCCGACACACACCCACAAACACGCACGCUCAUCAGGAUUAGAGUGAUCAUCUUUCGUUUAACGGACAGAAUCUGCAUCUGUAGCAAGGAGAUCCCACAGGAGGAGCUAGACUCUUGACGGGCCUAUCAGGGAUGGCCCGUUACAGGGAUCACUGCUUCUGAUUGGUUGGUUGGUUCGGGCGUUUUCUCCCCAUUCUUGUGAGUGUCUGCUGGAUCACUAUGCAGAAACAGACUCCCUGGGAGCUGCUCACACACCAACUACACACAUACUGUGCACACAACAGUCAGCCUACAACACUCACUCACACACACACACACACACACACGCACGCAGUCAUCCCUCACUCUCUAUAACAUGCAUACACACAGUGAUUUGCCAAACGUCUCUCCUCGCAGACAGACUCGUACAGAGGCCAGAGGACCAGACAUACUGAGGAAUGGACCCUGAGAGGGAAGUGUUGCAAGUCAAACAGAUUCUGUGAUUGAACUGUUCAUUCUCUAUAGCUUUUGUACAAUACCGAUUUAAAAAAAAAAAAAAAGAACAAAUUGAAAAAUUGAAUUUUUAUUUUAUAAGUCAAUCAAGCCGCUGGGGUCAGCUCUAUAGGACUUAUAGAGUCAACAUGGCUUUAAGGCAUCUGAUCGUUGGUUUGCCAAACUCAUUUUGUAAAUACUGAUAACAACAACAACCAUUUUGUCCACUGGACCUCUGUGCCAUAAAAUAGGAAGGCUUCAGUUAUGCAAAUUCUCAACGUUAACCCAAGCAAUACCAACAUAUGUUUUUCUUUUUCCUGUUUUCCUACUCUGGUUUGUUUCUUCCACUAAUUUUGUUUUCUUUUUGUGCAUGGAUGUUGUAGGUCUUUUUUCUCAGCCUCACUUACUAAUCCAGGCUUCAGCUCUAAACCUCGCACCAUGCCUCUGUUUGUUAGUCCCUCCUCCACAUGUUAUCGUUAUUUUCCGAGCAAAUCAGCUUCUGCGGUUUACGUUACGUGCCAUAGCCCUGUGUUUCUGUACCACAAGCCUGUGAUCUUUUGUUGCAGGCAGCAGACAUGGUCUCACUCACUGUUCGCCCAGACUGCUCCUGCCCUCCAUCCCAUUCCCCCAGAGUAGUCUUUAAGAUACCGUGAUGCUCUGCCCAUCUGUCUGUCUGUUGGUCAGGUGCCAAAACCGCUGCUGUCCGAGCGUCUGUGUGUGGACUGCAGCAUCCUCUGCUACAACUACAUCAACUGUGAUGCCAAUGACUCCCUAUUUUAUGGCCAGAGUCCCCAUGUCACUUGAGAACUCUUUUGGACUAAGAUGUUGAUUAACAUAAAAAUUUGACAACUAGAAGACAAGCAAAGAAGUUGAAUAAAAAGGGAAACGUUGCUGUUUGAGUACAUAACAUUUCUAGACCUAUUUUAACUUUACCUCAGCUAACAGUUUCUUAAUGUAAAUUGACACAUUAUUUUUAUCUUUAUGAAUAUGACAUUCUACAGUGGGUUUUUAGAUGAUUUUUUGGUUCUCUCUUGAUUUACGUAUUCCACCAUGUAUUACUGUUGCAAAUAAACACAUCCCAAAUGA